AUGGCGGCCGCGGCCAGUUCAAUCGAACCGGCCAUGUCGCUGCUCAGCGCUUCACGAACACCUCUUUCUCGCCGUUCCAUUGCCGCAUUGCAGAACUCCCGGUAUCCCCUCCUCGUUGCAUCACAGAGGGCUGCCUUCUCGUCGACGCCGCAAAAUGGGUUGCCAACCCCUUCAGAGAGCAUGUUCCGCAUGUCCUCGACCGUGGGGGGCCCGCCAAACACCUACUUCCAGCGCUCUUCCCUUCCAGCGAACACAGUGGUAAAGUUCGUUCCGCAACAAACUGCUUGGAUAGUUGAGCGCAUGGGUCGUUUCAACAGGAUACUGCAGCCCGGACUUGCCAUCUUGGUACCUGUCAUCGACCGAAUAGCCUACGUCAAGAGCUUGAAAGAGAACGCCAUGGAAAUACCAUCACAGAGCGCAAUCACUGCGGACAACGUUACGCUGGAGCUGGACGGUGUACUAUAUACUCGAGUGUUUGAUCCGUUCAAGGCCAGUUACGGAGUAGAGGACGCAGAUUAUGCCAUUUCGCAAUUGGCGCAAACAACAAUGCGUAGCGAGAUCGGACAGCUUACUCUGGACCAUGUUUUGAAGGAGAGGGCAGCGUUGAACACAAACAUUACACAAGCAAUCAACGAAGCAGCAGCAGACUGGGGUAUUCGAUGUCUUCGUUAUGAGAUCAGGGAUAUCCACGCUCCCGGCCCAGUCGUCGAAGCCAUGCAUAGACAGGUCACUGCAGAGCGAGGCAAGCGCGCGGAAAUCCUCGAUUCAGAGGGUCAACGGCAGUCGGCAAUCAACAUUGCGGAAGGUCGCAAGCAGUCCGUCAUCCUGGCAUCUGAAGCCAUCAAAGCAGAACGGGUCAAUGCAGCUGCAGGAGAAGCAGAGGCCAUUAUGCUCAAGGCUCGGGCUACCGCAGCUGGUAUCGACGCUGUCGCAAAGAGCCUGUCAGAAGGCAAGCAAUCUGCUCAGGGCGCUGUGUCACUCUCUGUUGCCGAGAAGUACGUCGAUGCCUUUGGCAAGCUGGCCAAGGAAGGCACGUCUGUCGUCGUUCCUGGUAACGUCGGCGACAUUGGGCAGAUGAUCGCAACCGCGAUGUCUGUCUACGGCAAUGUCAGCCAGUCGCAAGCAAGGGCCCAGGCUCAGAAACUUGUCACUGGCGACACUCAGUCAUCCGCUACGGCCGAGGGAGAAGUUUCAGAGCCAAACGAAAAGCUUUCGCCCAAGAGCGAGAUGCAGCAGAAGGUGCUUGAGAGCUUCGACAGAGCGCAGGAGAGACAUUGA